CAGCCGUUUGGAUAGGAGCAAUCACGUCUUUUCACACCUGUUUCCCCCAUUUUGGGAAAAACUAGAAAAGGUAGACCAUGGAGUCAUGGACGACCGGCGAUGAAGCUUAAGCUAUUUGCAAAGCCCAUUGCUGUGCUUGGAAUCACCCUGAUUAGCACCAUUUUGUUCGUACGACUCCUGCAGCCAAACCAACCCUUUUCAAAAGCAGACUCAAUGGCUCGGAGCUUUGUUCUGUGGCUGCAUGGGCUGGGGGACUCGGGCCCUGCCAACGAACCCAUCAAGGCCCUUUUCAGUUCCCCUGAGUUCAGGAACACUGUUUGGUCCUUCCCUUCUGCUCCUUCCAAUCCAGUCACCUGCAACUAUGGUGCUGUGAUGCCUUCAUGGUUUGACAUUCACGAGAUUCCUGUGACAGCUGAUUCUCCAAAAGAUGAAAGUAGCGUGCUUGAAGCAGUUCAGAAUGUCCAUGCAAUGAUAGACAAGGAAAUAGCUGCUGGCACAGAUCCCAAUAAUGUAUUUGUGUGUGGAUUCAGUCAAGGAGGUGCCUUGACCUUGGCAAGUGUUCUGCUGUACCCAAAAACUCUAGGAGGAGGUGCUGUCUUCAGCGGAUGGCUUCCUUUUAAUACAUCUAUAAUAGAACGAAUUUCGUCAAAUGCAAAGAGGACACCGAUUUUGUGGUCUCAUGGAAUAGCUGACAGAACUGUUUUGUUUGAAGCUGGACAAGCUGGUCCCCCUUUCCUUGAACGAGCUGGUUUAAGCUGUGAGUUUAAGGCUUAUCCUGGCCUUGGCCAUUCAAUAAGCCAUGAGGAGCUGCAGUACCUGGAACCGUGGAUCAAAACUCGUAUGCAGAGUUCUUCUUGAAGGCUUGGGUGGAACAAGAUUUUCACCUGAUUACACUAAUUGGUCUUUGAUUUUCUGGUUGUCGAAGAAUCAAUAUGUAAAGAGACAUGAUUUUCAAGCUGCUUCGUAUAUUGUGAUGAAAGUUAAUCUAAAUAAUAACUUUUGUCUAAGGCAAGUUCAGAUAAUGCAGAAAAUAAGAACUUGUUUAAUUA